ACGUGAUGCGGGAGGCGCCGGAGGCGGUGGGGCUCGCGCAGGCGGAGCAGCGGCAGCGGCCUGAGUGGGGUGGGGGCUGCUCCGUGAGGUUUCUCGGCGGGUCCCAGCCUAGCGCGCGCACGUGCCCGCUGCUCGCGCUCGCGGUCCUAGUCGCUGCGGGAAAGAAAGAAUGCUGUCAGCAUGUCUGCACACUCCAUGCUCUGUGAACGAAUCGCCAUAGCCAAGGAACUGAUCAAAAGAGCAGAAUCACUUUCUAGAGCAAGAAAGGGUGGCAUUGAAGGUGGCGCAAAGCUAUGCAGCAAAUUGAAGGCUGAAUUAAAAUUCUUACAGAAAGUAGAAGCUGGGAAAGUAGCUAUUAAGGAAUCUCAUUUACAGAGCACUAAUCUAACACACCUAAGAGCCAUAGUGGAAUCAGCAGAAAACCUCGAAGAAGUCGUUAGUGUUCUUCAUGUUUUUGGUUAUACAGAUACCUUGGGAGAAAAGCAGACCCUUGUGGUGGAUGUUGUUGCAAAUGGUGGUCAUACUUGGGUGAAAGCCAUUGGCCGAAAGGCUGAAGCUCUGCAUAAUAUUUGGCUGGGCAGGGGCCAAUAUGGUGACAAAAGCAUCAUUGAGCAAGCUGAAGACUUCCUUCAGGCCAGUCACCAGCAGCCAGUGCAGUAUAACAACCCUCACAUCAUCUUUGCAUUUUACAACAGUGUCUCCAGCCCCAUGGCAGAGAAGCUGAAAGAAAUGGGCAUAUCUGUGAAAGGAGACAUAGUAGCAGUUAACUCUCUGUUAGAUCACUCUGAAGAGCUCCAGCCUAGUGAGAGUGAAUCAGAUGAAGAGGGCCCUGAACUUUUGCAGGUGACCAGAGUAGACCGAGAAAAUAUACUAGCAAGUGUUGCGUUUCCAACAGAAAUUAAGGUUGAUGUGUGCAAAAGAGUAAAUCUGGACAUUACUACUUUAAUCACGUAUGUAUCUGCCCUUAGUUAUGGAGGUUGCCACUUUAUCUUUAAAGAAAAAGUGCUCACAGAACAAGCAGAGCAGGAGAGGAAAGAACAGGUUCUACCACAGCUAGAGGCAUUUAUGAAGGACAAGGAGCUAUUUGCUUGUGAAUCGGCUGUCAAGGAUUUUCAGUCAAUUCUAGAUACUUUAGGAGGACCUGGGGAGAGAGAGAGGGCCACUAUGCUAGUUAAGCGAAUUAAUGUGGUACCAGACCAGCCUUCUGAGCGUGCCUUGAGACUAGUGGCCAGUUCAAAAAUCAAUAGUCGCUCAUUAACAAUUUUCGGGACUGGAGACACCCUCAAAGCCAUCACAAUGACUGCCAAUAGUGGUUUUGUCAGAGCUGCCAACAACCAGGGUGUUAAAUUUAGUGUGUUUAUCCAUCAGCCCAGAGCACUUACUGAGAGCAAAGAGGCUCUAGCCUCCCCCUUACCAAAAGAGUACACAAUUGACACUGAACACUAAUGAUAUCCUUUAAAUACUGUCAUGGAAAUAAGUUAUUUAUACCAAAGGCUGGGUCUUCCCAUCUUAAAUGGAAAAAAGGGUCUAUAGUAAAAAUAACUUAGAACUCAAACCAGUAGAGUUGAUUUGUAUGUCUCAUCUGUAAAGUGUAUUACUUAAAGUAGAAAAAGCACAAAAGACAACCUUAUUUAUCAAAUUCUACAUUAAAACAACAGAAGUACAUCUAUGUAUCACAAUGCUUUUAUUUGAUUCAGUAGGGCUACAACCCCCCUAUUAGUAAUUGCAUUUUAUGGAAUGGAAUAUAGCUACUAUACUGCAUCUUGUAUUAAAUAUCUGGAGAAAACUGAA